AUGAGAGACUUCUCUUCCUACCAGCCCAAACUACGCCCAGCACUCGCCGACAAGGUAGCCAAGCUGGAGAAGAAAAUCUUCCCCGCAAUCGAGCAUUUCAACUACGAUGUCGAGCUGAAGAAGAAGAACACGGGACUACUGCUAGUCUUCAAAGAAGACGAUGCGGAAAAGCUCGUCGCGUAUCUGGUGUAUCAGCGGAUGAAGAGGCUGGCAUGGCUGCAUAAGCUUUGCGUCGUUGAACAAGAGAGGGGAAAAGGCAUUGCCAAGGCUCUCAUACAUUCGUUCCGCGCUUCCAUGGAAAAAGGAGGCUGUGAUACCAUUUUUCUGUGGGUGGAUGAGAGCCGGCAGCCAGCGAGAGCUUUGUACACAGCAUGUGGCUUCCAGCAAUCCGAGCGCCGCCCGCAUUACUAUGGACCCGGGCGGAACGCUCUGAAGCUGGAGUUGGCAAUUGUCGAGUGA